AUGUCUGGCAUGCAACUACGAAUUAAAAUUUACGUUUUGCUAUGUUUGGCUAUUGCAACCGGAUACGUAACAGUGGCAAACAGAAAACUGGAAGAAGCCUUAAUGAAAACAUACAAUCGGAAACAUCGACCAGUAAAAAAAGAUUCGACAACGAUGCAAAUUCAAAUUUAUCUGUUAAUUGGACAUAUUGAAAAAGUGGAUGAAGAAGAGCAAACGAUGUUACUUCAUGGAUUAUUGUGGACAUCGUGGACCGAUGAAUAUUUAAAAUGGGAUCCUAGCAAAUAUAAUAAUACAAGACGAAUCGCAAUUGAAAGUUGGAAAAUUUGGCAACCUGCUCUUUCGCUUUAUAAUAGUGCACGUGGUAAUAGCUGGUAUUUACAUAUGGGUGGCUUACCAGCAUCAGUAAACAAUGAUGGCAAAGUUUGGGCAUCUGGUUCUUUCAGCUUUCACGUAACAUGCUUAUUUGAUUUUACUAAUUACCCAUACGAUGAACAGGAGUGUCCUAUUGUGAUUGCUGACUGGGUAUAUGAUCUUUCUAAGGUGAAUUUAUCAGAUCCAUCUGGAAAUGCAAGUUUGAAUAAACCAGCAAUCAAACUUAGUUAUGAUCCGCUCGAUAAUACAAGCAUGAAACGUCAUGUUGCAGGCUGUUGGGAAGUGAAAGAUACGUGGCGUCGUCAAUGCUAUUGGGGACCAACAGGUUGUCGGGAUGAGUCACCAGACAGUCAGCCUGAAUGGUUUUGGUCAUUGAUUGAAUUUGGUGUUCGAAUUAAGCGCAGAGUACCGUAUUUUGCUUUAACAGUUAUCGUACCUACCAUAACCACCUGUUUUCUGACUUUAAUGGUCUUUUGGAUUGACACAAUGUCAUUAGCAAUUGCUACAACAGUAAUGAAUGUACUCUUACAAGGAUUGUAUAGUUGGGAAUUUAUUAAAAAUUUACCACCUGGCAGUGGUGGCGUACCAAAAAUAGUGUCAUUUUAUGGUAUGAAUCUAUCGUUGACAGGAAUAACAUUUAUGCUACAUGUUAUUAUCGCUUAUUUGGUUUACAUUUUACCUGAAAAUUUGGAAUUACCAUUUCAGCUUUUGAUUGGUGAUUAUCAAGACAACGAAUACAAUCAACAAGACCAUCAGAAGCAGCGACAAUGUGACAAUAUCAUAGCGAUGGAUCAAAAUCCCACAUUUUCCUUUAUCACUACUACUGCAACUGCUCCAGCAACAGAAUUACAAUUGAAUCCUGCAGUGAAUGAUGGCGAGAAUAUUGCAUUGACUGAUAAUUUAUCACAUGCUGUUUAUUCGCAUACUCCGUCGCAAAGUGGGAAUGUGACAACAAGUGACGCAAAUGCAGGAACGACAAGAAAGAAUAGCGACACUGCUGGAUUUGGCCAUAUUGCUCAACAAUUGUAUAUUAUCAGAAGAUUGAUAUUUUUCUUGUUCUUUAUCAUUUAUAUUAUUUCUAUACCAAUUUGUUUAUUCUGA